CAGGGGAACCUCAAGAUGGCGGGGCGAGAAGACCAGGCCCCCGCUGACAGCCCCCCCCCCCCGCCGGCCGCCAGGCGGCGCUCCCCGCCGCGCCCGCCAGCCCCCCGGCCAGCCCCGGUCCCUGCGCCGGCCUCCUCGUCGUGCGCUGCGCCGCUCCCCGCCGCUUCUCUAUGGCCGUUGCCCGUGGCAGGGCCUCUGUUUACUUCCGGCAGCCCAGCGCCGCGCUGCAUGGGGCGUGGGGGCGGCCGCCCGGCGCUAGCUGCCAUGGCCGAGCCCGCCGAGGAGGAGGAGCUGCCGGUGCCCGAAUCAGGUGCUGUUUUCACAUUUGGAAAAAGCAAAUUUGCUGAAGAUAUUCCUAGCAAGUUCUGGUUCAAAAAUGACAAGCCUGUACUUAUAUCAUGUGGAGAUGAACAUACUGCUAUUGUUACAGGGAAUGGUAAACUAUACGUGUUUGGCAGUAACAACUGGGGCCAAUUAGGACUAGGAUCAAAGAACACUGUCAGCAAACCAACAUGUGUUAAAGCUUUAAAACCAGAAAAAACGAAACUUGCUGUUUGUGGAAGAAACCACACUUUAGUUUACACAGAAAAAGGAAAUGUGUAUGCUGCUGGAGGUAACAGUGAAGGUCAGUUGGGUUUAGGUGACACAGAGGAAAGGACGACAUUUCAUUUAAUUAGUUUUUUUACCAACCAGCACAAGAUCAAACAGCUAGCAGCUGGAUCAUACACCUCAGCAGCAGUAACUGAGGAUGGGCAGCUUUUUGUGUGGGGUGACAAUUCAGAAGGUCAGAUUGGCUUGGCUGAUAAAGCCUGUGUCAGUGUCCCUUGUGAAGUGGAUGUUGGAAAACCUGUUUCCUCUGUAUCCUGUGGAUAUUAUCACUCUGCCUUGAUAACAGGAGAUGGUGAGCUCUAUACUUUUGGAGAACCUGAGAAUGGGAAACUGGGAUUAUUGCCUGAACAGCUGAAGAACAAUAGAGUCCCACAGCCUGUACUGGGAAUUAUGGAAAAGGUGAAUAAGGUUGCUUGUGGUGGAGAACACACAGUGGUGCUAACAGAGACAGAUGUAUAUACUUUUGGACUUGGACAGUAUGGGCAGCUGGGCCACGGUACUUUAAUUUUUGAAACUUCAGUACCAAAGUCUGUGAAACACUUGAGGAGGCAUAAAAUAUGUCACAUUACAUGUGGGGAAAAUCAUACUGCUGUCAUUGCAGAGAAUGGCCUCAUGUUUACUUUUGGAGAUGGGCGACAUGGCAAGUUAGGACUUGGAGAAGAGAAUUUUACAAAUCAGUUUGAUCCCACUCUAUGUUAUAAUUUCUUGAGGUUCACAGUCCUUUUGGUUGCUUGUGGUGGUUGUCACAUGCUAGUUUUUGCUGCUCCAAGACCUAAAGGAUCUGAAGAAACACUCUUAGACGAUUUAUAUGAGAGCCGUUUGACUGCUACUAUAUCUAAAAUGAGCGGAGACCCACUACUAACAAACACUUUACAACUAACAUCGGCACGAAUGCGACGUCGAGAGAGGGAGAAGUCACCAGAACAGUUUAUUCGAAUGGCACGAACUCUUCCUCCACUGGGAGAACGGUUCUUAAACUCUUCAUUGCCUGUGACUAGCAACACUAGCCCACUCUGGUUUUCUGCACCAAGUCUUCCUAAAGCUGAACCUGUGAAAAGAGACCAUGAAAAAGAAAAGAAUCAUCAAAAAGAGAAACCUGGUGAAGGCUCUGCAGAAGAAGAUUCAGAUAAUGAAAAUAACGACAGAAACCUUGGAGAUACAACUGACAUCCUAAAUAUGACACAUGCAAUGAAAUUGAAUCCCAGUGACCAGUCCUUAAAAUUAUCACCACUCCAAAAACAAAAGAAGAACAAUAAAAAUGUGAAACUGAAAAGAGAUGGUAAGGGUGGGCUGAAAAACAAGGAUUCUGAUUUCAUGAAGGAGGCCUCAAAAGACACUGGCUCUUUACAAAAGCAGUCUUCCCUUUCAGAAUCACUGGCACAAGAUUUAGAAAAAAGUGGUGCCUUUGCAGGGAAGCCUGUGGCCAAAAAAAAUACAAUGAAAGGUAAACCUGAGCAUGCACAAAGUGUUAGUACUUUGAAAAGUGGUGUUCGACAAACUGCUAGAUUAGUGAAAAGGGAAAAAGAAAAUGUGGAAAAUCCUGAAUUUGUCAGAGAGGAAGUAACUUAUAAUCGCCCCACUGAAAAACAAAUUCUGACUGAAAAACCAAGUUCUUCCAACAAAACCUCAAAAACUGUUAAAUCUAAGCAAUCCCUUAAAAUAGAUGUACUUCCAUCUGCAUCUAGGGAUCGGCCCCAGUCUGAUUCAUUAAUUGUACAAAAAUACAAUCCUAUUACAAAGCAAGGAAGUCAAGAAGCAGUAGAGAGUCGAAACAAAAUAAAGGAUGUUGUUGAGAAAUCUGAUAAACGUGAAAGAAUCUGUGUCAGAGAAGAAAGUAGUGAAGAGCAUAGGGGUUUUAAAAGAAAGGAUCAAUUUUUAAAACAAAUAGCCUUAACUAUGUCACCAUCUUCAUCUGAGGAAAGUAGUAACGAUCUUGCAAAAUACGUACAUAAGAGUAGGGAAAAAGAAGAGGAGUACUAUGAAAACAGAGGGAUCCAGAAGGCAAUGAAAACAGUAGAAAAUGUGAAAGAUUUGGACUUAGAAAAAGACGACAGUGAGAUUGAGGAGAUACAAGCUACAAAUAAUGAGAAAGAAUAUGUAGAAGAGGCUGAAAUAAAAAAUCUGAAUGAGGAGGAAACGAACUCUGAAACUAAAUCUGAUGAAGACAGGCAGUUAGAAACUAAGAAUGAGGAGGAAUCUAACCAAGAGCGGGAGAGUGAGGGCAGUGAAAAGGGUGAAAGUGAAAAAGAAAAACUAGAUGAAACAGUUGACAGUGAAGGUGAACUAGAGGAGGAGGAAGAAGGGAGCAAGGUUAAAAAAGACAGAGAUGAAGUUUCAGUAGAAAGAGAGGAAGAUGAAGAGGGAAAAGAUAAUGAGGAAGAAAAUGAAAGAGAGAAAUCACAGGCUGAAAGAGACAGUGAGAAUGAGGGUGCAGAAAAGACUGAAGAGAUUAAUCAGGAAGAAGGCAAAGAGCAAGAAGACGAGGAAGGCAGGCUGAGGGAGGAAGAAGAAAUGCUGAGUGAGGGAGAAGAGGAGGAUAUGGAAGAGUAUGCGAAAGAGGAAGACACUGAAAAAGAAAAGAAAGAACAGGUUAAAAGCGAGGGAAGAGAUGAGAGUGAGGAAGGAGGUGAAGAUACAGAGGGGGAGGAAGAAAAAGAGGUGGAGGCAGAAGAGGAAGGAGAAGAUGAAAAAGAAAAUGAAGAAGAAAAAGAAAGGGAGAAUGAAAAAGACAAAGAGGGUGAAGAGGAGGAGUUAGAAGGAUCAUUGGCAGGGAGGGAAGAAGAAGAGUUGUCUGAAGAAGAACAGGAAGAGGAAAAUGUGAAUAGGAGGACUAAGGAGGUGGGAGAGGAUGGAGUGGAAGAAGAAGGAGAAGAGGGGGAGGAUGAAGUGGAAGAGGAAAGAGAAGAGGAGGAGGAAGAGGAAGGAGCAGAGGCAGAAGCAAAAGGGGAGGAGGGGGAAGAAGAUGAAAAGAAGGAGGAAGAGGAGUGGGAAAAUGAAGAGGAAGGUGGAGAAGAAGAAGAAGAAGAUGAAGAAGAGGGAGAAGGGGUGGAAGAAGAUGAGGGAGAAGGGGAGGAAGAAGAAGAGGGAGUAGAAGAAGGAGAGGGAGAAGAGGGAGUGGAGAAAGAAGAGGGAGAGGAAGGAGAGGGAGGGGAGGAAGAAGAGGGAGAGGAAGAAGAGGGAGGGGAGGAAGAAGAGGGGGAGGAAGAAGAGGGAGAGGAAGAAGAGGGAGGGGAGGAAGAAGAGGGAGAGGAAGAAGAGGGAGGGGAGGAAGAGGGAGGGGAGGAAGAAGAGGGAGAGGAGGAAGAGGGAGGGGAGGAAGAAGAAGGAGGGGAGGAAGAGGGAGAAGUGGAAGAGGGAGGAGAGGAAGAAGAAGGUGAAGAAGAAGAAGGGGAAGAGGGAGAGGAGGAACAAGAAGGGGAACAGGGAGAGGGGAAAGAAGAGGAGGAAGGGGAUGUGGGAGAGGAGGAAGAAGAGGAUGAGGGCGAGGAGGAAGAAGGAGAGGAAGAGGAAAAAGCAAAAGGUAAAAGAAAAAAUGAUAGUAAUAAGCUUCCACAAAAGAAAAGCAAAACCAGGAAGUCGGGGAAGACGGAAAGUACUGCUUUACCAAACAGCUCUAAACAAAAAAUGAAGUCCAAACAGCAUGUAGCAAACGGUUUACAUAAUUCAGAACAAUUUUGGAACAAUGUGCUACCUCAUUAUUUAACACUAAAGUAGCAGGAACUACUGGACAUGCAGUAAGCCUAUUCAGGAAACUCUGGAACUAUGUCAGAUUGAUUUUUAUAACUUACAGUUUUUUUUAAUGUAGUCAAAAUAUAUUAUUAUGCAUAUAUUUAAGUGCCAAUUUCUUGAAAAGGACUGAAGAAAAUGUUUAGAUUUGGGAAGCUUUAUGAGAGAAAUCAUAUAAAUUGUUGAUAGAGUCAUUUACACAAUCAUCUUUAUCACGUAUGACACAGAUUUUAAAAAAUAAUUGCUGAGGAGGCAAAAUGCGUUUGCCUCUUAAUUAAAUUAUAAUGUCAUGCUGACAACAUGAAUUAUACAUUGUAACAGUGUAACCUUCUUUGCCUUUGCAUCAGAUUUCCUAAGGUAAUGCUUUCAUUUUAGUUCCGGGAUAGCUUGCUUGUUAAUGUGCCUUAUACAAAAGAAGUGUCAGUAAUACUAUCAUCAAAGAUACAUAUUUUUAAAUUUUGGUAUCACUCUGUAUUCCCCCUGCUUUCCUUAUGCUCAUAUAUUGGUAAAAUUUUUGAGUACUCAGGGUAAAUUAAAGAAAGGACAAGCUGCCAAAUUUGCCUGGCAAUACAAGCCUGGGUAAAUGGUGGCCUGGGCUUUUUUGAAGGCCUUAAGGUUGAUUUCUUAUUUUGAUGUCAGCACAAAAUUAUGUGCAAAAAGACAAAUAAAAGUCUCAGAAUCUGCCCUAGAUUACAUUAGAGUAAGAAUGCAUCUGUUUAGGCAUAAUUUUUGACUAUCACAUUUGGUGAUUAGAUGUAAUUAAGAAUUUGAAAAUACACACCUGUAAAACAUUAUUUAGUUGUGUAUACUGUGCAAUAAACAAAAGAUUCAGUAUCUACCAACAAAAGACUAAAUUACAUUAGUCAUCUAAGAUUCUCGAGGAGGGGAAUAUACUUCGUUGCGGUGUGAAGUGUAUGUUUUCAGGAUAAGGGCCUAAGCUUCUCUUUGUUCGAGGAGGUUUGUGUUUUGCCCUCCCAAAAAUCACUUCUGUGGUCUCCAAAAAGAGGAUGAUGUAAUAAACCAAGAAGCCAGAUGGAAUAGAGGAGAAAAGGGCAUGAAAGUCUGAAUUGUUUUUGGAAAAGACAGAGUAUGUUAAUACUUCUGGAGUUUCCUUAAAAUACACAAAAAAAUCUUGCAAAUUAUUUUUGUGACUUCGUAAGAUAUUGCAUUAUUCUUUCAACUGUUAGUGUUUGAACUGGCAAAAGAAGGGAUUGGCACUCAUCAUACAGUGUUAUUACUUAAAUACUGUGGGUGGUCUGAGAAAUUUUUGUAAACAGAUCUCAGUAUUGACAUUCCCUAGAAAAAUAGCUAUUUAAAUCCCAUUUGAAAAUGAGGACAGGAGAAGAAAGGAAUCAAAAUGAAUAAAUGUCAUUCAAUAAAAAUGUUAAUAGAAUCAAUACUUAUGUUGAGAUUAUGAAACAUUUUUAAUGUCGUUUUGUAAGAUACUGGCAUUAAACUACCUCUGACACAAUGUCUCCAGCAUUUAUUUUCUAAAAAGGCUGUGGUAGAUUAAUAG